CCCCAAUCAAAGUCUUGCUUCUUGAACAAAAAGAAACGAAGGAAUUUAUAUAAGCACUCUCAAUCAAACCCUCUGAAAAAAAUUGAACCUAGAGGGAAACAUUGAUCUUCCAGUAGGAGCAAAACUUGCAUAGAUUUGGGCGCAAAUAUGUUUCGCAACCAGUACGACACUGACGUCACGACAUGGUCGCCGGCGGGGAGGUUGUUCCAGGUGGAGUACUCGAUGGAGGCAGUGAAACAAGGCUCGGCGGCGAUUGGGUUGAGAUCGAAGACGCACGUGAUUCUGGCGUCGGUUAACAAGGCCAAUUCCGAGCUUUCUUCUCACCAGAAGAAGAUCUUCAAGGUCGAUGACCACAUCGGAGUUGCCAUCGCCGGUCUCACCGCCGACGGCCGUGUUCUCUCCCGUUAUAUGCGUACCGAGUGUAUCAAUUAUAGUUACACCUACGAAUCUCCCCUUCCUGUUGGGCGUUUGGUUGUUCAGCUCGCAGAUAAAGCUCAGGUUUGUACUCAGCGAUCCUGGAAACGCCCUUAUGGAGUUGGCUUGCUGGUAGGUGGAUUAGAUGAAUCUGGUGCCCACCUUUACUAUAAUUGUCCUAGUGGUAAUUAUUUUGAGUACCAAGCUUUUGCUAUUGGGUCUCGGUCACAAGCAGCAAAGACAUACAUGGAGAAAAAGUUUGAGUCUUUUGACGGCUCUUCGCGGGAAGAUCUUCUCAAAGAUGCACUUUUUGCUUUGAGGGAAACCUUGCAAGGAGAGAAGCUGACAAGCUCCAUAUGCACGAUUGCUGUUGUUGGAGUUGGCGAGCCUUUCCAUGUUUUGGACAAGGACACCGUACAAUCACUGAUUAACGAAUUUGAGCUAGUAGGUGAAGAGGCUCCUCCUGCUGAGGCUGCUGAUGAGCAAAAUCAAGGAGGCGAUGCUCAACCAGGUGAUCAGCAACCUGCAGACCAGGGUCCUGCACCGAUGGAGAUGUGAGAUUGCUCUCUCAUUGAUGAUCGUUUACAGUAUGGUGACAUCAUGAUGAGUUAUGGAACCAUGGAUAAAGAAAAACACUUCUUGGAGCGUUUCUCUCAUAUUCUGAUCUUGGUCUUGUGCUAAUUGCUCGAACGUUUGGACAAAAUUUAUUCUGUUCAACUGGAAGUUAAUUCAUAUUUUCAUUUUAUAACAAAUUUCUGGUCGAACUUAUCAUGCUGUGGUUGUACCGUUACUACUUAAGGCUUUGAGUUUGCUGUUUUGUGUCAUCAUCCAGUAGAAUUAAUCCGUUUGUUUGCUGUCUUGAAAAAGAAUCUUGCGAAAUUUAUAUAUUUAAGUCAAAACUGAAUCACAAUGUUGUUUUUGCAUACUAUCAUAAUCUUGGGUCAUUUGGUUUAGAGUCAGUAAUUCGAAUGGCAAGAUUUUCUUUUGCCUCUCUGACUCUAGAGGAUUUGUGAAUAUACUGUUGAACUAUGAGGCUUAUCCACUGAUGUUGCAUUUUCAGAAACAUGAACGCUGAGAAAUAUUUAGGUUUAGC